AUGAGAAUCGCUUGCUUGCAGUUUAAUCCCCACCUGGGCGAUGUCAACAACAACUUGACCAGGGCCGAUCGGGUUCUGGGUCGCGCGAACCCUGAGAACUUGGACUUGAUUGUCCUACCGGAAAUGGCCUUUACAGUGGCCCACCUCCCCGAGUACUACAAUUCGGUAGCUGUUAUCGGCCCUGACGGCGAUGAUGUUGCCCACCACAGGAAAGCUCACCUGUACUAUACUGAUGAGACCUGGGCCCUGGAAGGUGAUGGGUUUUAUGGGGCUCACAUCACUGGCCUAGGUCAGACCGCCAUGGGUAUCUGUAUGGACAUAAACCCUUACAAGUUCCAGGAGCCCUGGGACAAGUUCGAGUUUGCCUACCACGUCUUGGAGUCGGAUGCCAACCUGGUCAUCGUGUCCAUGGCCUGGCUUACACUCGAGAGCGAGAGUGAGUUCAGCACGCUUCCUCAGGAGCCCGACAUGAACACGCUCACCUACUGGGCCAUGCGUAUGGAGCCCAUCAUCCGAUCCGAAACAAAGGAUGAAAUCAUUUUUGUCUUUGCCAAUCGAUGCGGAACUGAAGGCGAAGCCGUCUACGCGGGAACAAGCGCCGUUCUUGGUAUCAAAGAUGGCGAGGUCAACGUCUACGGCGUGCUUGGACGUGGUGACAAGAAAGUCCUGAUCGCGGAUACCAACCAGCCGCCCAUUGCCAAACUCGUCUUGGGAAACCAAGCCGGUUCUAUCAAGCGGCCGGACACGACAGCGCCUGGUCACCGCGAUAUCCCCCACCUGGAUGGCACCGCAGCCUCGGUCAGCCAUCAGCGCGACUACGAGGAAAUUCUUGCAGGACCCCGCCAUUCUUCGCGAGACCAGACCGCCGACUGGGUAGCGACCCAGAUCAUCCCACCCGCCCAGGCCGCGGGCAGGAGGGAUGCGAACCCCGAGCCUCGUAAUGGCUCGCAGCGCAUCGCCUCGGCCGCAGCCGCCCCGGCGGACCGUCGCGGUGCGCACGAGCCCAGAGCGGCUUCAUCGCAUGGAGGUUCGAAUUUCACCUACGAGUCCUCGCGGGUGGGAAAGAUGGCUCCGCCCAAGCUAACCAUACCCGAGACGACGCCGUCACGUCCUCGGCAAAACAUAGACAGCAGUGCAAAGAUUGGAACGCCCAUUCAUAAAUCUACGCGAACACCUGUGCGCAGGCGCUCCAAUCGCAACUUGGGCCACGAGCCCUUGAGCCGCCCGUCGCGUCUCCCAGACUCGGCGGUCGUCAUGAGCGCCAUCGAGCCCUCGACUACGAUGAACGCGCUCUUCAGCCCUCACGAUUCUGCCCUUGGCCGCGUGACGCCAGAGGUCGUUUCCGGCCGGUCGCACCGCAAGUCCUCGUCGCGGAAAUCGUCGAAGCCUCGUGAUGCGGACCCUCGCAACCAUCGAUUUCAGGAUAGCCCCAGGGCGUUCGCUUUGGAGGAACUACCACUCCAUAUCGAGGCGGAUGUGGAAGAGCCUGAGAGGACACCGCUAGCAAAGGCGGCAUUUGAGCGGCUGCGCGAUCCGGAAGACAAGGCGCCUAAAGAAGCCGAGCCCGCUCAAUUAGGAGAGGAGGAGAAGGUGUCUGCAGUGGAAGACGAGCCACGCGACCAGGGAAUCGCCGAGCUAGAGAGCCUGUCGAGUGGCCAGCCGGACGAGAUUACGGAGGACGUGGCGGACAAGGAGCCGGAAACAGAGGAGCUCGAGUUGGAUGGACAGGAAGCUCGCGAGGAGGAUGACGCCCAGAUACCCAUUGCGGUGGCCAUUUCCGGCGACGUCGAUGUUGUCCCUGACGGUGAAGGCAACCACGAGCUGACGGCGCCCUCCCCGCGAAGGAUUCCGCCCCAGACUUCACCGUCCCCGAACUUCCUCGGGUGGCGAGACAGGAUGAAAAGGUCAGACUAUUAUUUCAGCUCGAGCGCUCGGCGCGUACGCGGGGUUCUCAUGCCGGAUGCAAAAGCAUAUGUGUCUGGUGGGACGGACAAGACGAUCGAAAGCGGAAUUAUAGAAGGGGAGAAGAUUGAGAAACUGGCAUCCCUGCGGUACGACAGGUGGCCGUCAUUCGCGAGCAUGGCGCCCGUCGAGGUGUCACUUUUACGAUGA